AUGAUUCUAAUACAGGGGUGGAGCUUUGAUGACCCUAGCAUUCCCAUCAGCCCUGCACAGCUUGACCACUUGGAUAAAAUCUUAUAUACAUAUAGUUGUGCCCAACUUUUAAUUAAUCAAAUUGUAAAUAAUCUUUCAUUGCAGAAUAUUUCAGCUUAUUCUUUGGAGAUGGCGCAACCAUUGGUUGAAAGUGAAGAACCUUUGCUCUUUGAAGAGGACACUAAAAAGGAAGAUGGCCCAGAUCAAGAUACAGAAGACUUAGAAGACGCUGAGCCUUUUAGUCCUGCAGGUGAGAAAGAAACCCUUCAGAGUGAAAAAGAGAGAAUGCCUCGAGACCCAGAGAACUGUGAUAUCCCUUUUUAUGUGUCUGAAUUUGUGGAAAGAGAGGUUGGCACUGAUUGUGAUUCGUUAAGCAAGCUUGGCAGACUUAUUGAACAGCUGUUGGAAAACAAAAGGAAGUUAGAAGAACAGGUACUUACAGUUUCAUCAGAAGUUCCCAAAAGGAUUCAGAAGGCCUUACAGAAUGCAGAGGAUUCUAAGAAGUCUCUCAGUCAGCUUCUAGAGAAGGAAAAUACUUUGUGUGGUUCAAUCAAUAGCCAUUUGUUGACAUCCCAGCCAUGGAUGGAGGAUCUUGGUAUAUUGAUCAGUCAAGUAAAAGAAGUUGAACGGCACCUUGCUUAUUUAAAGUGGAUUUCACAAAUAGAGGAAUUAAGUGACAAUAUCCAGCAAUAUCUUAUGACCAACAAUGUUCCAGAGGCUGCUACUACUUUAGCAUCUAUGGCUGAAUUGGAUAUCAAGCUUCAGGAAUCAUCAUGUUCCCAUCUUCUUACUUUUGUAAGGUCUACUGUUCAGUUCUGGCACAAGAUCCUGAAGGAUAGGCUGUCAAGUGAUUUCGAGGAGACUUUAACUCACCUUCACUGGCCAUUUGUUGGACCAGCACAAUCCCAGCCUUUUGGCUUGGCCGGAGCACCCAACAACGCUGUAGAGAUAUACAAUAACUUUGAGGUGCUGUUUUCUCAGCUUCUAAAACUGCAGACUUCAGAUGAACUAUUAAGCAAACCAAAGCAGCUUCCAGAAAAGUACCUCCUCCCUCCCACUUCACCUGUUAUAUUACCCAUGCAGAUUAUGGUGGCUCCUCUUCAAAAAAGAUUCAAGUAUCAUUUCACAGGAAACAGGCAAACAAAUGUUUUAAGCAAGCCUGAAUGGUACCUAACCCAGGUGCUCAUGUGGAUUGGAAGUCACGCUAAGUUUCUUGAUGACAAAGUCCAACCAAUAUUGGACAAGGCAGGCUCUCCAGUCAGUGCAAGGAUGGAGUUUUCCCGAGCUUUGGUGAUGCUGAUCCUGGAGAAGUUGGCUGCUGAUAUCCCUUGCUUGUUGUAUGAUGACAGCCUCUUCUGCCACCUGGUUGAUGAGGUACUUCUGUUUGAGAGAGAGCUACACAGUGUUCAUGGAUAUCUCAGCAGCUUUCCCAGCUGUAUGCACAUUUUAUCAGAAGAGACCUAUUUUCAAAGAUGGCUAACUGUGGAGAGAAAAUUUGCUCUUCAAAAGAUGGACUCCAUGCUUUCAUCUGAAGCUGCCUGGGUAUCACAGUACAAAGAUAUCACUGAUGUAGAUGAAAUGAAAGUCCCAGACUGUGCUGAAACUUUUAUGACUUUGCUACUGGUUAUCACAGAUCGGUAUAAGCACCUUCCUACUGCUGCUAGAAAGCUACAAUUCCUAGAACUGCAGAAAGAGUUGGUGGAUGACUUCAGGAUACGACUAACUCAAGUUAUGAAAGAAGAGACCAGAGCACCUUUAGCUUUCCGGUAUUGUGCAAUCCUAAAUGCUGUCAACUACAUAGCAACUGUAUUAGCAGACUGGGCUGACAACCUUUUCUUCUUGCAGCUUCAACAGGCUGCAUUGGAAGUUUGUUCUGAUAGCAGUGCACUGAGUAUACUACAGCUUGGACAACUGGCUUCAAUGGAAAGCUCUGUCUUUGAUGAUAUGAUUAACCUUCUGGAGCGCCUAAAGCAUGAUAUGCUCACUCGUCAAGUCGAUCAUGUCUUCCGAGAAGUCAAAGAUGCAGUCAAAAUGUACCGAAAAGAAAGGUGGCUGUCUUUGCCGUCUCAGUCAGAACAGGCAGUAAUGUCUUUGUCAGUCACCGCCUGCUCACUCCUGCUCACCUUGAGAGACCGGCUGCUACAACUUGAGCAGCAGCUUUGUUACUCAUUGUUCAAAAUCUUCUGGCAAAUGCUUGCAGAAAAGGUGGAUUUGUUCAUCUAUCAGGAAAUAAUUUUGGCCAAUCACUUCAACGAAGGAGGGGCUGCGCAGCUCCAGUUUGAUAUGACCAGGAACCUUUUCCCUUUAUUUUCACAUUACUGCAAGCGACCAGAGAAUUAUUUUAAACAUAUAAAGGAAGCUUGUAUUGUACUGAACUUAAAUGUCGGCUCAGCCCUGCUGUUGAAGGAUGUGCUACAAUCGGCUGCUGACAACCGAAGUGGAACGAUCUUGAGUUCAAAUCAGCCUACAGCUGUAGCAGCAUUAAAUGAACUUGGAAUCUACAAGUUAGCUCAACAGGAUGUGGAGAUUCUUCUUAAUCUGAGAACAAAUUGGCCUAGUACUGGGAAAUAAGCAAAAAUAAUAGGUUGGCGAGACACUAAUCAGUAUUGUAUUCUGUGAGAAAACAAAUCCAAACUUUUGUAUGUUUUUCAGUUAUUUAGGGUGUUACAUUUAGUAUGUAAAAUUGAUUUUUAAGCCAAGAAGAAUCAGUUGUUUGUUUGUUUUGUUUUUUGUCGUGUCAGGAGCGACUUGAGAAACUGCAAGUCGCUUCUGGUGUGAGAGAAUUGGGCCGUCUGCAAGGACGUUGCCCAGGGGACGCCUGGAUGAUUUGAUGUUUUACCAUCCUUGUGGGAGGCUUCUCUCAUGUCCCCGCAUGAGGAGCUGGAGUUGAUAGAGGGAGCUCAUCCGCCUUUCCCCAGAUUUGAACCUGCGACCUGUUGGUCUUCAGUCCUGCCGGCAAAGGGGUUUAACCCACUACGCCACCGGGGGCUCCUGUUGUUUAUAUCCCAUAGUUUGAAAGAGCACUUUUAAACUGGCAAAGACAAGUUGAUAUUGAGGUGGAUAAUAUAUUUAACUUGGCAGGUACUCUUGUCAAGAGCCACUGGGGUGCUCAGUUGAGUCCUUGUAAUAAGGGGAACUCUUUUCAACAGACGUUAUGACACAUUCCCCAUAUGAUAGGGAUGGACCAUGAAAGGAGCAGGUGAGGCUUGUUUUGAAAAUCUGGGGGAUUGCAUUUUUAGUGUGAGCAAAGGUUGUUUUCCCUUGUUUGUCCUUGUGUCAUCAAGAUUAAUUCUUCAUGUUAUUUGAGAACAAAUCUAGUCAGUUACAUCUCUGACAAAUCCACAGUGAUCUCCUAUCAAGACUGUCAUCUUUGUAGGUUUCACAAGGUUGAACUAUUGCAGCUUUGCUGACAUAGUAACAGGUAAAAUGUAUGGAUGACAUUCCACCUAGACAGUUCUACAUAAUGGAUUAAUAUAUUGAUUUUGGUAACCAGGCUAACACUGCUAAUGUAGACAAUUGAUAGUAGUGAUUUUGCAGGAAAUCCAAAAUGUUUUGAUUUGGAAAACUACAAUAUAAUGUGGAAAACAAAAGAAACCCUUUGCAUUAAAAAAAGGAGUUGGCAGAAAAACCUACUAUCUUGGUUUAUAGAUGAAAAAACAGGAUGGAUAUAUGUCUAAGCCUUCAUGAUGGGCAGAAGUAAAUGAACAAAGGAUAAGUUGGUUUCAUUGGAAUAAAAUGGACUAAAACA